ACGCACCGUGUUCGGACCUGCAGGGCCUGCUGUCCGGCCUGCUGCCCGACGCCCAGAUCUCGGCGUCCUCCAGCCGGGACAUGAUGUGGAAUCCCGGCACCGCCCGUCUGGUGGCGAGUCGCUCCGGCUGGUUCCCUGCCCCUGCACAGCCCCUGGCGGGAGAGCAGUGGCUGCAGGUGGACCUAGGUGUGCCGAAGACGAUGCGUGGCGUGAUCACCCAAGGAGCGAGGGGAGGAGACGCUGGGAGCGGGGCGACCACAGAUAAUCGGGCGUUUGUUCGCAAGUACAAAGUGGCGCACAGCCUGAACGGGAAGGAGUGGAAUUUCAUCAUGGACAGCAAGACAAGCCUGCCUAAGAUUUUCGAGGGGAACAUGCACUACGACACCCCAGAGCUGCGUCACUUUGAGGAGACGGCGGCCCAGUACGUCAGGCUGUAUCCAGAGAGGUGGUCUCCAGCGGGGAUCGGGAUGAGAGUGGAGAUACUGGGCUGUGACCUUCCAGGUAGGACGCCGCUGUCGCUGAGUAUUUGAAUCGUUUUAUGUAUGAUAAUUUGCUGCCUAUAGUAACCCUGGCUGAAUAAUUCGCCCCACACUGUAAUAAACUCCAGAGAGCGAUCCAGAACUGAAUGGACCUUGAGGAAGGUGGCUCGCUGGAACAGUGAGGCUGGCAUUAGAUAUGCAUGACAGU